AUGCUGAGUUCAUGGUUCCCGUACAGGACCCAAGCCCAGUUUCCCAUGGUGUUUGGGUGAGGAAACAUGCAAAAUUCUGUGGCUGAGGAAUCUUUGGGGAUGGAAUUUCCCCCACAGACCAACAGCAUUUUGAUGAUAAUGAUUAAAAUUUCUAUAUUGCCCUUCAACUGAGGAUCACAAGGUGGUCACAAAUUUAAAAAAUUGUCCAGUAGCACCUUAGAGAUCAGCUAAGUUUGUUAUUGGUAUGAGCUUUCGUGUGCAUGCACACUUCUUCAGAUACACUGAAGCAGAAGUCACCAGACCCUUAUAUAUAGUGGGAGGGUGGGAUGGGGUAUUACUCAGAAGGGUAGUGGGAUAUGGGUGAUUGACUCAAUGGGUACGGUAAACCUGUUGAUGACUGUUAACGAUUGCAAUUUCUUUCCAUGGUUCAUUUUACAUAUCAUAAAUCCCUGCACAUUUUAUUCAAAAAAACUAUACCAUUCAGUAUUCCAUUAUUAUUGCAUCCAACAUAACUUAUUUACACUGUUGAAUUUAUAUUAAUGCUGCCAGCGUUUUCAGCUGUAUACAAUUCUUUUCCAUAUAUUCAAUAAGCGUUUUCCAAUCUUCUUUAAAUGUAUGUUCUUCAAGAAGAACAAACCAAGUGUUUCACAGGGGUGAGACCCCACCUCCAGAGAGAGAGGACAGCUGUGGGAAAGAGUGGUCUUUGCUGCUGUGAAGCAGCCUUGAUCUUUGGAGUAGGAAAAUCUACUGUUGCAGAAAUGCUACAGAGCCUGGGCAUCGAAGCAGAAAAGACAACCUUACUGUGAGGGACUUUUAAUUAUAUUUUAAAAUGUUUUUGGUCGUUUUAAAAUCUGUAUGACUCCCAAGAGUCCUGCUUCUGUGUGCGUCACGUCCCUUCAGGGACUUGUCUCCUGCACUGGGUGGUCUUCCUUCUCCCUAUGGACACCCCUCACCCUCAACACUGUUUCAGGACAUAUCGCUCUGCUCUGUUGAGAAAUUCCUCAUCUUGCCCAAUAGCUUGAAGUGUGCAGGCCUCACGUUGUCCUACCUUCUCUUUCAGCAACGCAGCUAGGUCACACUCGCUGCAGGUGAAAAGGGACCCCUGACCGUUAGGUCCAGUCAUGGCCGACUCUGGGGUUGCGGCGCUCAUCUCGCUUUACUGGCCAAGGGAGCCGGCGUACAGCUUCCGGGUCAUGUGGCCAGCAGGACUAAGCCGCUUCUGGCGAACCAGAGCAGCACAUGGAAACGCUGUUUACCUUCCCACCAGAGUGGUACCUAUUUAUCUACUUGCACUUUGAGGUGCUUUCGAACUGCUAGGUUGGCAGGAGCAGGGACCGAGCAAUGGGAGCUCACCCCGUCGCGGGGAUUCAAACCGCCAACCUUCUGAUCGGCAAGUCCUAGGCUCUGUGGUUUAAGCCACAGUGCCACCCGCGUACUUGUGCGCAUUUUCAGCCAGGAAGACGAGCAUGGCACAGGUGUUGCAGAGGACUGCAGUAGCUCCCUCACCAGCCAUGUCUCUUGGCCCUAUGCACACUGUGAGACAGCACUUGGCCAGUCCAGGGAUGUGGAUGGAGUCUCUCAGAGCAACCAUAGAGCCAUUUACAGUAUAAGGUAGUGAUGGAUCCAAGGCUGGUGUUUGUGAUGCUGACACAGCUGCCCAGAGAACAUGGAGGUGAGCCAUGGAGUGGUAGGAGUUCAAAACAACUCAUUCUUCUUCCACAAGGCCGACCAAAAAGUGUUCAUUUUGGAGCUUAGCUGAUGUGGUUGGGACCUGCCAGUAUCAGCGCUCAGUUUGGCACCCAUCUGACCUCUAAAUGGGAUAAAUGGAAUGAGGAUGUCUUCUUCUAAAAUCAUCUCCUGCCAAGGAGAUGCCGUUAUUUCCUCUUGGGAGAGAGUCAGAAAUCACACAAGCCCACUCAGAACCUGCUCAGAUGAAGGAUGUCAAAAUUUGAUCUUGAUCCCCAGAUCCUGGUGUCACCAUCUUUCUGAUUGGCCAAGUUGAGCCACGUCAGGCAAGCGCUGUCCAUUGGGAAGGGGAUAAAACCUGGAGGUGCAGGACUCCUCUGGAAGCAGGGAAGUCUCAGUUCCAGUUUGGGGAGAAGAACCUGUGUCUCCUGUCCCACCAAGAGCAACAGACGCUUCUGCAGAGCCCAAGAAAGAGAAGUAAGGUAAGUUGAGAAAACCCACUGGAUAUGAUUAUUGAAGUCUAGAACUUCCUCCGCAAAAAAGAAGGUCCUGAUCCUUAUUGGGUAGAUCUAAAGCUGUAUAUUUACUUUUUUUAAAGCCUGUUAAUUGAUUGUUAGGGAUCUCCAGCACUUUGGAGAAGGACAGUUCCUACGGCCAGCCUAGUCACAGAUUCUGAAUUCAGGACUCUUAGCUAUCAUCCAAGUCCCGCAAUGGUGCUAAAGGGCAUGACUCCAUUACUGGCUCCUCGCUCACUGCCUUCUGUUCUUCCCCUUGCAGGAUGAUCCUCACUCGGACUUGGCUGCUGGCCCUGGUGUUCCUGGCCGGAUUUUGGGUGACCCAGAGCUGCGAUUCUGAAGUGCAACAUUCUAGUAAGACCUGGGGAGAGAGAGGGGAAAGUGGGGCGGGUCUGUGGGCGAAGCUAAAUGGUUCCCCUCCCUGUGAUCACUCUUAUUCCUGCCCAAACCAGUAGCUUAUAAGCUGCUUUGUGAUGGUGAAUAAUAAUAAUAAUAAUAAUAAUAAUAAUAAUAAUAAUUAUACCCGCCCAUCUGGCUGGGUUUCCCCAGCCACUCUGGGCAGCUUCCAACACAAUAUUAAAAUAAAGUAAUGCAUCAAACAUUAAAAGCUUCCCUAAACAGGGCUGCCUUCACAUUUCGUCUAAAAGUCAGGUAGUUGUUGUUCUCUUUGACAUCUUGGCUUCUCACAGGGAGCGAACCGCCAGAAGGCCCUCGGAGCUGGACUUCAGUGUCUGGGCAGAACGAUGGGGGUGGAGACGCUCCUUCAGGUAUACUGGACCGAAGCCGUUUAGGGCUUUCAAGGUCAGCACCAACACUUUGAAUUGUGCUCGGAAACAUCCUGGGAGCCAGUGUAGGUCUUUCAAGACCAGUGUUAUGUGGUCCCAGCGGCCGCUCCCAGUCACCAGUCUAGCUGCUGCGUUCUGGAUUAAUUGUAGUUUCCAGGUCACCUUCAAAUGUAGCUCCACAUAGAGCGCAUUGCAGUAGUCUAAGCGGGAGAUAACCAGAGCAUGCACCACUCUGGUGAGACAGUCUGCGGGCAGGGAGGGUCUCAUCCUGCUUACCAGAUGGAGCUGGUAAACAGCUGCCCUGGACACAGAGUUGACCUGCGCCUCCAUGGACAGCUGUGAGUCCAAAAUGACUCCCAGGCUGCGCACCUGGUCCUUCAGGGGUACAGUUGCCCCAUUCAGGACCAGGGAGUCCUCCACACCCAUCUGCCUCCUGUCCCCCAAAAACAGUAUUUCUGUCUUGUCAGGAUUCAACCUCAAUCUAUUAGCCACCAUCCAUCCUCCAACCGCCUCCAGACACUCACACAGGACCUUCACCGCCUUCACUGGUUCUGAUUUGAAAGAGAGGUAGAGGUGAAAACUUGGACGUCCUCUUACUCAAUGGGUAGGGGGAUGAUAUUUUCCCAUGAUCCAUUUCAAAGCCUGAAGGGUGAACCGAGUCUUGAACCAUCAGCUGACAAGCCAUGAUGGGACAGUGAAAUUUCCCCCUGCGUCAAGCUAUAGGACCCAGACUGUUCCCUGCAAGGGGAGAGCAGAAAGUAAACAGAAGGUUGCCUGAGAGCGCGGGGAGAAGCGGCAAUAAUUAUACUCUUGAUCAUUUUGCAUUAUGUAAUCUCCACUCCCCUACCAGGGCAUAAUUGGCAUCCACAGCAAAAUGUAGCCACUUGUCCAAAAUGGUUGGUGACAUUUGAUCUGAGAGAUCCUUCACGUCUGUGGAUGUUUGGGUUACCUGGCCCAGAGAUAUUUAGGUCUUUGAAUGUUAGAAACAAGACCUUGAACAUAUCCGCAACCAGAAAGAAGAGGAGACACAAGAAGACUGGAAGAAAUUUAAAGAAUACUUAGCUAAAUAUUGUGGUGCAAGAUACGGUAAAUAGAAAAUUCUUGGAAGUAUCAAAUAGGCUUAGGGGUAGAAUAAAAAUAGGUCUUAGUAAGUAUUAAAGAUUGGAAUAAUAAUAAAGGAGAAGAAGUUUGUAAAUGAAAGGAGUUAAUAUUAUUAGAAAUAUAUUUGGAGAACUGCUAUAAAAGUGAUAUAAUGAAAUUCAGUUAGAGGGGAUUUGAGGAAGUCACCAAUUAAUGUGAAGAAGUUGGGUAUUAGAAGAAAUAAUCUUUUUUAUAUGUGUUUAGUUUAUUGUUGUGUUUUCUUUGUUGAUUGUUUUUAUGUUUGUAUGUGUUUGUGGGAUGUUUUAAAUGUUGAAAGUCAAUAAAAAAAUUUGGGGGGGGGGGAAGAAACAAGACCCUGAACAUGGCCUGGCAGGUGACUGGCAGUUCUCUCAGCACAGGUGUCAUAUGUCUGCAUGCGGACCUGGUUGAAAUAUUCUGCACCCAUUACAGUAGUCCAGUUGUGACAUCCCCAACGCAUGAAUCACAGCGGCCCAGCUAUCCCUGUCUGAGAAAGGGCACAGUUGAUGUACCAGCCUAAGGUGACAAUGGGUUCUUCAUGCCACAGAGGUCAUAUGAAGCUCCAGGAAGAAAGAUGCAUUGAGGAAUUUCCCCAAACUCUGUUCCUCAUCACAACCCCAUCCAAAGCUGAUGAAUUCCACACCUGGAAACUGGUCACCCACAAAUUGCCAGAAUUAUUGAUUAUUUAGUGGGGAGUUUUACUGGCAAAUGCAAUAUAAAUUUUGUAAAACAGAAUGGCAUUUAUUCCUGGCUUAUUGGCAUUGCUGUUAUCUGUAGGUUAACUGCUAGUUCUUACGAUGAAGGAAAAGUAGAAGCAUCUGGGUGGCCACUGGGAGAACAGGAUUUUGGCCUGAUCCUGCUGCGUCAGGGCUCUUCUUGUGUUCUUACUUCUCCCCGUCUUCUUUCCAUCAAGCUGUUGCUCCAGCUGUCAACUUGGCCAGAGGCCGCCCAGCCUGUCAGUCCUCCACUUACCCCCAUCCAAGAGAUGCAUCAGCCGGCAAAGCUGUCGAUGGGAACUCUGACGGGCUCUUCUUCCAUGGCUCCUGCACCCACACCAACUCUGAAGAUGCCCCGUGGUGGUAUGUGGACCUGGGGGAGCAGUAUUCCAUCUCCACCGUGGUGGUGAAGAACCGCAUGGACUGCUGCGGCAGUAGACUCCUGGGAGCCCAGAUCCGUGUGGGAGACUCCGUGGCUGACCAUGGCAAGACCAACCCUCUGUAAGUUCCAGUUGCCUCUUGGGAGACACCCUCAAGAUCACUUGCUCUGGAUUAGUUAACUUCAUAUAUAUAUAUAUACAUAUAUAUAUAUAUAUGCAUGCGAGUGGCACUGUGGGUUAAACCACAGAGGAGGAAUGGAUGUUCUCCCAGAAUGUCUGCUUUAUAUACAUUAUUUACACAAUGGGCCCCACAUGAUUGGCUAAUUCCAGGAUUCUCCUGUAGGCCAAUCAGGUUGUGGAUUCACUUCCAGCUGGAGCUGGAUUGGGUGGCUCCUGCGGACCAAUCACACUGCUGCAUUCUGAAUCCUAUUGUUCUAGGACCAAUUGGACCCUUUUGGAUCCUAUUCAACUCAGUACAUAACACCUAUCUUCCUCAGCAAGCACAAAGCUGAGCUGUUCCCUUUGACACCUCUCCAUCCUGCCCCCUGCACCAGUUAUUUAGUACAUACCCCACUGGUGGGCUGCCCACUUUGACCCUCUAGAUGUUGUUGGGCUACAGCUCUCAUCAUCCAUAGCUAUCGGCCAUGCUGGUUGAUGGGACUAGAGCCCAACAAUAUCCAGAGGUCCACAGAUUAGCUAUCCUGUCAUACAACAACACUGACCAUGCGAUCCUCCGAGAUGGACCGUGUGGGGUGGAAUCUGAGGUUCUGUUCCUACCUGCAUGGUCAAGUCCAGAGAGUACCAUCAGGGAGUGCUUUAGGAAUCCCGGGCAGCUGUUCUACAGGGCUACCACAGCCAUAGAAAUAGAUGGAGUCAUUCUGAAUUGCUUCCACCGCAAGGCUGACCUCCCUUUUCCCUCUGCAGCUGUGGGAAGAUUACAGAUUAUAAUCGUGGCUCCAUCAGUGCCAUCAACUGCCAGGGGAUGAAGGGUCGCUAUGUGAGCGUGAACCACCCAGGAGAGCCAGCUAUCCUGACCUUGUGUGAGGUGGAAGUUUAUGGGACAAAGGUGGAGGAUGCGCCUUUGGAAUAA